AUGCCUCUACCGAAUGAUUUAAAACCAUUAUACAUUCAAUGGCUGCAAGAAUUAUUAGAUAAACUUGAUGUUAGACAAGAGCAACUUUCAAAUACUUAUACAAAGGCCAAAAAAAAUCUAGAAGAUGCUGAAGGAAUAUUUUAUCAUCCAAAUGAUUUGAAAAGAGUUAAAGGGAUUGGGAAUACGAUCAUGAAACGUCUGGAACGUAAAUUGGAAAAUCAUUGUAAAGAGCUUGGAUGCCCUUUACCUGAUCAAUAUGUAUCAAUGAAUACUAUUAACACAGAUGGGCAAUUGAACAGGCCAGCAAAGGCAUUAAGAAAUUCAACGACUAUAACAACAAGUGGAAGCUCAUCUAAGGAAUCUAAUGAUGAGGAACAAAUUCAAAGAAAAAAAAAUGGUACCAUAAGAAAGCCAAGAAAGUAUAUACCAAAAAAGAAUAGCGGUGGUUAUGCAAUACUUCUUUCGUUAUUAGAAAAUAAAGCUAUAAGAAGAGGCAUUACUAAGGAUAAUAUUAUCUCUACAGGUCAAAAAUAUUCAACACAUAGUAUGACACCAAACUUUUCUACAAGAGAAUUACAUUCUGCAUGGUCUUCUAUUAACUCCUUAUUGAAACAUGAAUUAGUCUUUGAAGAAGGUAGGCCUAAAAAAUAUACAUUAACUGAAAAAGGUCUUGAUUUAGCUAAAAUGUUAAAAGUUGCUGAUAAAAUUGUUUUUGAUAAUGAAAAUAAUGAAAAUCAUUCAAAUCAAGAUGGAUCUAAUUCCUCAUUUACAAGUGUCGAACUGACAGCAGAUUUAAGUGCGUUGGAAAAUAGUGUUCAUAACCCUUUGAAUAGAGAUCGGCAUGCGAAUAAUAAUGAAAAUACUCUUGAUGAGACUAAUUUUACAUUCAAUAUUUCUAAGAGUUCACCACAAAUGGUAAGUGGUACACCAAUUAAAAGAAAUAGAAGUUUAAUUGACUCAUCACCAAUUAAAAAUAAAAGAAGCUUAAAUGAUUCAUCACCAAUAGCUAAGAGAUCCAAAACUUUCCCUACAGAAACACUCAACUCAAAUCGAUCACAUACAAUCCGUAAAAGGUUUGCUGGGAUAAGUUAUGAACUUUGGCCUCAUGAUACUUAUGAGAUAUAUCCGAUACUUGAUCAUCGAGAAAUCAAGUCCCAAAAAGAUCGAGAUUUCUUCAUGAAUGCUUUAUUGAGAAAGGGGAUGAAAUCCGAAUGCAAGCAAUUAUCAUUGGGAGAUAUUGUCUGGGUUGCAAGCAAUAAAAGAACAAACGCUAAAUGCUUAUUGAAUACGAUUAUUGAAAGGAAAAGAUUGGAUGAUCUAGCAUAUAGUAUUAGAGAUAAUCGGUUUAUGGAACAAAAGAUUCGUCUUGAAAAAUCAGCAUGCCCCAACAAAUAUUAUCUAAUUGAAGAAACUAUGGGUAGUUCUGUAGCCAAUAUGGGUGAGGCAUUAAAGACUGCAUUAUGGAAUAUUUUGGUAUAUGCCAGAUUUUCCAUUAUAAGAACUCAUAAUUCAGAUGAUACUGUAGAAGAAUUAUUUGCAUUACAAAAAGUCAUUACAAGACAAUAUGCCGGCAAGGAUCUUAUUGUGGUAUACCCUUACGAGUUGACAAAGCAGGAAGAUUUUGGUAAUAUUCUCCACAAGUUUAGAGGAGAGUUUGAGAAAAAUAAGAACAUCCAAUGUUGCCAAGAUUUCGAAACUUUCCAAGAUAUCAUGGGUAAAGGUGAUUCCAGAACUAUUGGUGAACUAACCAUCAAUAUCCUUAUGUUUGUGAAGGGGGUCUCUUUGGAAAAGGCAGUCACUAUCCAAUCUAAAUUCCCCACGUUAUAUCACAUUCUUAAUGCAUACAAGAGAUGUAGGUCGGAACAAGAAGCACAACUCUUGAUGUUUACACAUUUUAAAGACGCGCCAGGUAACAAGAAGAUAACAAAGAGCCUCUCUGAAAAGAUUUCCCAAGUUUUUCAUACGUAG